CAGGAAGAGAACCGCGGUAACCAGGAAGUGAACUCACUUGACUCCGCGUCAGGAAAGGGCGGUCCUUACUGAGCAGCGGGAAGUGAUACGGCGAGAGGCUGUCACGUGACCCCAGUCGAGUAGAGCUGAAAGGAUGGCGGCUGCUGAUCUGAGAGAUGAACUGAACUGCUCCAUCUGCCUGAGUAUUUAUACUGACCCUGUAAUGCUGCCGUGUGGCCAUAACUUCUGCCAGGACUGCAUUGGGAGGGUGCUGGAUACCCAGGAGGGAUCUGGGGGUUACACCUGCCCUGAAUGCAGAGAGGAGUAUCAGGAGCGCCCUGCCCUGCACAGGAACAGGACUCUGGGUAACAUAGCACAGUGUUUCCUUUCUGUUCACCCAGAGGAGGAUGGGACUGACAUCUUCUGCACUUACUGUGACUCUCCUGUACCUGCUGUUAAAUCUUGUCUACAGUGUGAGACCUCCCUGUGUGAUACUCACUUACAGAGGCACAACAUAUCUGUACAACACACCUUAACUGAGCCCACCAGUUCUUUUGAGGACAGAAAAUGCUCCAUCCACAGUGAAUUCCUGAAAUAUUACUGCACUGAAGAUGGAGCCUGUAUCUGUCCAUCCUGCUGCCUGACUGGGGAACACAGGGGCCACAGAAUGGAGCAACUAAAUGAGGCUUCUGAGAAGAAGAAAGAGAAACUGAGGAAUGAUCUGGAGAAACUGCCCCCAGAGAUAGAGGAGACUGAGGAGCAAAUCCAGAGACUGCAGGAGCGAAGUAGAGAAGUGACAGAAAAAGCAGCCGGUGAGACAGAGAGAGUCACUGCCCUGUUUGGAGACAUCAGGAAACAGCUGGAAGCCCUAGAGAUGCUACUCCUGAAUCAGAUCUUCUGGCAGAAAGAGAUGAUUUGCCUCCAACUCUGGGAGCUAAUGGAGGACCUGAAAGUAAAGAAGGACGAGCUCUCCAUGCAGAUCCGUCACAUUGAGGAGCUGUGCAAAAUGGCAGAUCCACUCAUUGUCCUACAGGAAUGGGAAUCAGAUGAGGAAGAGGAUAAAAAUUAUGAUGAAAGGGAUUACAAAUAUCUGGAUGUCGAUCAGAUCUCAGAGACAUUACUCACAGGCUUAGCUGGGAUUGUGACUGGGGUAAAGGGAAAGAUCUAUGGGCAGGAGGCUACAGACCUGUUACUGGAUAUAAACACGGCUCCUAAUUAUCUCGCUGUAUCAGGGGACAGGAAAUCUGCAUCUAGGACAACAAUAAAUCAGUGUUAUCCACUCACAGAACAGAGAUUUAUAAAAUAUACUCAAGCUUUAAGCACCAGGCAUUUCCUUUCAGGGCGACAUUACUGGGAAGUGCAAUGCAGCGAAUCAGGGGGCUGGAGCAUCGGGAUGUCAUAUGCCAGUAUAGAAAGGGAAGGAGACCUGUCCCGUGUUGGUUUUAAUGACAAGUCCUGGUGUUUGACCAGACUCAAGGAUGAGUAUUUGGUGGUGCAUGACCAUAACAUUACAGAAGUAGGAUACCCUGUUACUUCCCAGAGAAUCAGAAUCUCAUUGGACUAUGAGGCCGGAUGUCUGUCUUUUUAUGAGCUGAGUGAGCCAAUCAGACACUUACACACCUUCACUGCCUCCUUCACUGAGCCCCUUUAUGCAGCAUUUUCCAGUUUUAAAAAGUCCUGGGUGAGAAUUUGCAGCUAGUCCUAUUGAUAUGCCUUAUAGUACAACAUUUUAGUCCACAAAAGGCCCCAGUCCUUCCUGGCCCAGCCCAGUUUCACCUUAAAACAUCCCCUAUCUGUGCUGGUAAACCUUUGGGAGACAUUAUAAACCAUACCGCCCAGUAUUUAAACUUUAAACAGAAUUGGCAAUGAAGUUUACAACCCUGAUUCUACAGACCUGCUCUAUGCAUCAAAACCCAGUCAGCCAUUCCGUAAGGCCUGCCCCUUCUGGGGUCUUUAAUUUGGGCCUGUCAUAGAAAGUGGGACCAUUGGGAGGUGUGAUACACUGACAUCAUGUAUAACUAUAAGGAGGAGGUUAUACAUAGAGGAGGUCAGGGGAGAUUUCAUGAACUGAUUGUGUCAUCAACCCUGAGACGAUUUAUCCACUGUGUGUGAAAGUGAACUUCUGUGUUAAGGGGGACAUAAAAUGUAUUUAAAAAUCACAACUCCUUGUUUUGUUUAUACGGGUCAGGGUGUGACUCUAAUUACAUAUGGUUUACAAAUAAAAUUGGGUAACUUCUGA